AUGGGAAACUACUCAAAGGCAUUCGUAGCCGGAUUCGGAAUCGUCGGUGUCGGCUACGCCCUCAUGCUCACAACCGUCCCCACAGAGGAAGAACUCUACGAGGCAUUCAAGGCUGAUCAGGUGCGCCGCCAGGCUUUCUCGGACGUCUUGAGAAAGGCAGCCAAUGACCCAGAACCCAUGUGGAUCAAGAAGAAGACGCCAGCACCCGUCCCCGAACCCGUCUCUAAGUAA